CCACAAUUCCAUCACUGAUAGAACUUAUAGACCAUGAAUAACGCGGACAACACAAAAGACACUUCACUCGCUAUAGAAACGCAUAAACUCACAUACACAUUCCCUACCUCCCACAAGAUUGGACUUCAAGACAUCACCCUUGAAAUUCCUUGGGGCACCACCAACCUCAUCAUUGGUCCCAAUGGGGCUGGGAAAUCUACCUUGCUUAAGAUCCUUGCUGGUAAGACCCUUAUCAAGAGUGGACUUCUCAAGAUUGGAGGGUUUGAUCCAUUUGAAUUCAGAAGUAACCGUAAUGAACAGCACAAUUCCGAUAUAAACAGUUAUAUUACUUAUUUGGGUACUGAAUGGGCCGCCAACUCAGUAGUAAAACGUGAUAUCCCUGUUAAUUUGUUAUUAUCCAGUGUAGGUGGAGAAGUUUAUGCCGAGAGAAGAAACAGGUUGAUCGAUAUUUUGGAUAUUGACCCUAGUUGGUCUAUGCUUAAUGUUAGUGAUGGUGAACGAAGAAGAGUGCAAAUUGCCAUGGGAUUGUGUAAGCCAUGGAGGUUGUUGUUGUUAGAUGAAGUUACCAUUGAUUUAGAUGUGGUGGUUCGUCUGCGUCUUUUGAAUUACUUGCGUGAAGAAUGUCAUCAAAGACAAUGUACUGUAAUUUAUGCCACCCAUAUUUUUGAUGGGUUAGGACACAAUUGGUUUGACAGAGUAAUUCAUUUAGAUGCUGGUAUGAUGUUGGAUGAUUUGAAACAGUCUGAGAUCAAGUUUGUUAAUGAUAACAAUGGUAAUGGUGUUAAAAUUGAAGGAGGAGCACAUAUUCAUCCAGCUCAUAGUGUUUCUAUUACCAAGGCAGAGUCGUUACAUCCAUUGGCUUUACAUUGGUUAUAUGAUGAUUUAGAGAGAAGAGGUACUAGAGAAGACGAAAAAGAGAAAAUGGCCCAAAGGCACAAUGAUUGGGUCAACACACGAGAUGGGAAGUAUUUUGAUGCCGAGGAUGAUGUGUUGGUGAAAUACUUUAAAGCUACCAGAAGUGGUAGAUGAUAUAGAUAUGCAAAAUUAUGUAUAAAACUAUAGACUAUCUAGGCUUGACUAUUACCUAACCUAAACUCUCUUUCCAUGCGUAAAAACUCAUUGACAUCUUCAAGAUAUUUCAUUUUGUAUUGCAUCAAAUAAUUGUUAUAGUUAGUUUCUAUUUCCUGAACUGUGUUUCCAUACAUAGUAUAAUCACCAAGUUCAACCGGGUGUAAUUUAGUAUAAGCAGACAGCGAUUUGUCUACUGUUGAGGAUGCAGUUGUAGUUGUUGUUGUUGCAGUUGUUUGUUGAAGCUCUGAAAGGACAUUGACUCGUGAGGGUGUAGGGGGUACCUCUUGUAACUUUCUUCGGGUAUUGACCACUAAUGCCUGUUUUAUCGGCGUGGUGGGGGCUCUUUUUCUAUUGUUGACUAGUUUUAUAGGAGAUUCACGUAAAUGUGAAGAUGAAGGAGGCAUUAAAUUAGGAGAAGUUUCCUGUAAAGGCAAUUUGUUAGUGACAUUAUUAUUGUUUGACAACAUUUUCUGGUUCAGAUUGUGAUUUUCUAUGUUAUCUAUGUCCAUGAUGCUGAGAUAUAGGAUGAUGCUAUGUAAAUGCUGACUGAACGAACCGUGGUAUACACAAAAACAAAGAGGGUUGUAAAAACAAAUAAAAAACGUAAACAGUGCGCGCGGUCCCUUAAAAUUUUGAAAACUUUGAUCUCAUGUCGCAAAUUGAAUCAGUGUCGCAAACUACGACAUUAUAAAUGUGUCAAGGCAAAGGUAGGAAAUAUCGGAUUUAGUAAUUAAUUGUAUCUUACACCAUAUUGUUAAAGAUUGCUUAAGCCUCGCUUUUUGUUACAGUUACAAAGAUAGUUAUUGUCCUGUUUGAAAAUAAUGUAGGAUCCCCCUCCCCAUUAGCAAUCGUUCAGUCAUCAGAAUUGUAAAGCAAUAAAUCUGUUGCCUGUUAUUUCAUCUGGUUCUUUGACUUGGAAUUUAUAAUCAAAACAUAUAGUAAUAUACUAAGGGGGAGGUGAACAUAGCCUAGCCUUUAAUUUAUAGUUUGACUUUCCCAAAUUGUGGGCUAUAACCAUAAAUGAUCAUACUCUAACUUUGCGCU